AUGGUUGGUCUGGACGGUUAUUGUCCACGCUGGGCUCCCGGUUCAGUGAUCCGCUGGGCUGCCUGGAGACAAGGGUUCAAGACUGAUGAAGAUGCCAUGUAUGCCGCCAAUCAUCUUAACAUCGCGGCUGAGAAAUGGAAUUCACUGGACAUUGGGGUCACGUUCGAAUGGGUCCCUCUGGCCAAGGAUGCUACCUUUGUUCUCUGCCAUGGUGGCAGUAAUGGCACCACCCUUGCUCAAGCCUUCUUUCCCGGUCCCGAAGAUCUUAGUUACUUGCUCGUCUUUAAUGCUGCUUUCUCGCUCAAGGGUUGGAAGGAGAAUAUGUGGAAGAUCUUCACUCACGAGUUAGGCCACGUGUUGGGUCUGCGGCAUGAGUUUGCGAUGGAUAUAAAUCCAAAGACCGGAGAGGUCCAUGAGCGCCAAACAGCUGUCAAGCUUGGACCGAGGAACGAGUCUUCGGUAAUGACAUAUGGCAGGAAGCCACCUGAGAUCCAGCAAUCCGAUAUCGACUCUACGAAGGCAUUCUACGCACUAGUGGACGAUGCAGAAGGAAAUCCGCCAAAGAUCGGCCUGGCUGAAGUGAGAGACUUCACUCCGAUGUAG